AUGGUCCAAGAACAAUUUGACAAGUUAAAGGACCUGAGCUCGGUGCACUGUGUUCUAUCCCUUGGCGGAUGGUCUUUCUCGACGGGGGCGGACUUGUUCCCUAUCUUCCGCGAAGGCGUGACAGAUGCGAACCGGGAGCUUUUCGCAACCAAUGUUGCUAAUUUCAUUGUUCAUCAUGAUCUGGAAGGUGUGGACUUUGACUGGGAGUAUCCUGGGGCUCCAGACAUUCCUGGUAUUCCUCCUGGUGAUAAGGGUGAUAGAGAUCUAUACCUGGAGUUCCUGAAGUUGGUCCGCGACAAGCUGCUAUCUGAGAGGACCUUGGCAAUUGCAGCACCCGCCUCUUUCUGGUAUCUGAAAGGCUUCCCUAUUGCCAAGAUCUCAGAGGUUAUUGACUAUAUUGUCUACAUGAGCUACGACUUGCACGGACAAUGGGAUUACGACCACAAAUAUGCUAUUCUUGGAUGUCCCGAGGGUGACUGUCUGCGCUCCCAUGUCAAUCUUACAGAAACGAUAAGCGCCCUGUCAAUGGUAACUAAAGCUGGCAUUCCAUCUUCGAAUGUUAUUUUUAGACUGUCUAGUUACGGGCGGUCUUUCAAGAUGGCUAAAGAAGGCUGUACCGGACCUAUGUGCAGAUAUGAGGGCCCGGCAUCUGGCGCACAACCUGGAAAAUGCACCAAAACAGCAGGAUAUAUAUCUGAUGCAGAAAUCAAUGAGAUCCUACAGGAAUAUGACACAGCUAAAACAAGCUACGAUCAAAGUAGCGACAGCAAUACCCUGGUGUACAACUCCACGCAAUGGGUGGCCUACAUGGACGAUAACACCCGAUUCAGCCGGACCGACUACUAUGAGAGCCUCAAUAUGGGCGGUACAACAGACUGGGCCGUUGACCUGCAGUCAUUUGCAUAUAGCUCAGGUGGUCGCCCCGGGGCCGGCGGUUCUGGUUCUGGUUCUAAUUCUGGCUCAUUCAACCAAUCCAUUGCCAUCAUCGGCUCGAGUAUCUGGAAGGGAGACAGCCAUGCGGCGACAUGCCGCGCGCCCUGCGUGCUUGUGCUCCCCAAUUUCCCGCUUUCAUCUACGUCCGUUUUCACUCGUCCACCGUAUGUCACCACACUGGAUGUCGCUUGGCCAACUACCACGACGGUGACGAGUAAUGGCAUAGCCAUUACGACCACAACCCUUACACACAUCCUACAGGAAACUACUCUUCAGGCUCCCCCUAUCACUGUAUCCUCUAUCCCGAUAGCUAAUAUCAAUGUCACUAUCCCGCUCGGCAAAGACGACAAUAUCACUCUCACGCCGAAGGCGCGAUUCCCUGCGCAGACCUUCACGAUCAUAAAUGAUCCCAAUCCGUUGAAGCAGACUGGCGUCACGCAUCCGCCGGUCACUAGAAGUGUCACUCUGCCUCCCUGGCCUCAGGCCACCGUCGUCUAUUACGGUGAUGAUGGUCAAGAUAGCAACGGCGACAAAAACGACGACAACAACGGUAACGACGGCAACGGCGACAAAAACGACGACAACAACGGUAACGACGGCAACGGCGACAACAACCACGGCGGCAACAAUAACGGCAACAACAACAACGGCGGUAACAACAAUGGCGGCAGCGGUGGCGGCGGCAACAACGACAUUCAUUUACCCAAGAUUCCCAAAAUCACUCUUUCCGAAGGCCCCGAAGGACCUGAAUGUCCUCCGGAGGAAGACUGCGAUGGUGGCUGUGUAUUAUUUUGUCACUGCUUCAUAUGUCCCGGCGGAGGUGUGAGCGGGAGCGGCGGCGGCGAUGGCGGAUUCCCAGACCCCAGCGAUCCGGUUCCCCCUCCCCGCAAUCCAACAAGCAACAAUAAGGGCCCAAGAAAGAGCUGCAGCAAGUCUUCCACAGUAACAGACUACUGGGUGUCGUGCGAGAGCAAGGGGCCGACGUCAACCUCGUGCACUACAACAAGUAGCAUGCUGCACGUCGGCUGCGACGUGUCAGCCAGCACAACCACCACCAGGGCUAACGUCUGCCACCUGAUAGACAGGGAUGAGGACCAGGGAGACAACAGUAAGAACAGACCUAGCGACAAUCCCGAUCCAAAGCCAACUUCCACCACUUCCACCACUUCCAGAACCACCUCAACAUCCCCAGCCACUUCAAUAGCCACAGGAAAACCCGUCCCAUCGGGCCUGCCUCCUCCCGCGACGACAUCCAAUUUGUCAUCUUCGAUUCCAACAGGAAAACAGGCGACGGCUCAACAUGGCAUUGGGCCGGAUACCUCCUCCCCAGCCUUGGCUACGACGACGAGGACGUCUGCAACGAGAAGUACGAAGUCAUCUCAGACCCCCACGUCGAAGAUAACCAAGCUUGGCCUUUCUCCAUGGGCCCCUUUAAUGCUCCAGGUUUAG